AAAAGAAGGGGGGUGAAAAAUAAAAAAGGAAAAAAAAAAAAGAAAAAGGAAAAAAAAGGAAGCGGCGGCGGCGGCGGAGGCUCUGCAGCAGCGAUCGGCCCCGCGGGACCGGGCCCGGGGCCGAGGCCGGGUGGUGGCUCGGCCGUCCGGUGACUCCCGCGGCAGCGGCCAUUCCAGGGCGGGCCGGGUGGAAAACAAAAAGUGCGGCGGCGGCGCGGGCGGCCCCGGGCCGUGCGCACGGGUGGCGGCGGCGGCGGCGGCGGCGGCGGGAGCGGCGGCGCCUCACAUGACCCCACUGUUUGUCCCCGUGAUCAGCGCGAGCGGCUCCCGUGUCUCCUCCGUCCCCUCCUGCGGCGCGGCGUGAGCGCCGGGCUCCCCCCCCCGCCCGCCCCCUCCCCUCCCUCCCCUCCCCCUCCCCCCGGGCCCCGCGCCCCCCCCGCCCCCACCCCCCCCAUGGACAUGCUGGACCCGGGCUUGGACCCCGCAGCCUCGGCCACCGCCGCCGCCGCCGCCGCCAGCCACGACAAGGGACCCGAGGCCGAGGAGGGCGUCGAGCUGCAGGAAGGCGGGGACGGUCCCGGGGCGGAGGAGCAGACGGCCGUGGCCAUCGCCAGCGUCCAGCAGGCGGCGUUCGGCGACCACAACAUCCAGUACCAGUUUCGCACAGAGAAUAAUGGAGGACAGGUGACAUACCGCGUAGUCCAGGUGACUGAUGGUCAGCUGGACGGCCAGGGUGACACGGCUGGUGCUGUCAGCGUCGUGUCCACCGCUGCCUUUGCUGGGGGGCAGCAGGCUGUGGCCCAGGUGGGUGUGGAUGGGGCCACCCAGCGUCCUGGCCCUACCGCUUCCUCUGUGCCCCCAGGUCCGGCAGCCCCCUUCCCCCUGGUAGGUGUCCAGCAACAUCCAGGAUGGGUGAGAGGGAGGGGAACACAUGGAGAAGGGACAUUGCUUCUGCCAUUGGGGGGCUCCCAGGGCAGGGCCGGAAGCAUACACAUGGCCAGGUCCAGAGACAGGCAAUCAGUUCCCUCUGGCCAGUUCUACGUCAUGAUGACCCCCCAGGAUGUGCUUCAGACAGGAACACAGAGAACAAUUGCUCCCCGGACGCACCCCUACUCUCCAAAAAUUGAUGGAACCAGAACGCCCCGGGAUGAGAGGAGGAGAGCUCAGCACAAUGAAGUAGAGCGGAGGCGGAGGGACAAAAUCAACAACUGGAUCGUGCAACUUUCCAAAAUCAUUCCAGAUUGUAACGCGGACAACAGUAAGACAGGAGCGAGUAAAGGGGGGAUCCUGUCGAAGGCCUGUGAUUACAUCCGGGAACUCCGGCAGACCAACCAGCGCAUGCAGGAGACCUUCAAGGAGGCUGAGCGGCUGCAGGUGGACAAUGAGCUUCUCCGACAGCAGAUCGAGGAGCUGAAGAACGAGAACGCUCUCCUCCGAGCCCAGCUACAGCAGCACAACCUGGAGCUGGUGGGCGAAAGCACCCGGCAGUGACACAGGGUGGACCCUCCGGUGCCCGCCGCCCUGGUGCCCGCGCGCCGCCGGCCUCGCUGCCCUCCCCAGCCCUUAGCACACAGAGGGGCAACGCCCCUCCCCCAGCUGCGAUUUUUUUAUAGUAGAUUUUUAACAAACACGGGGAGACAUACAUGCAUUUCUGUGGAUACAUUGCCCACCACCCUCCUCAACUUGGAAAUGAGUCCCUGUCCGUCUGUCUGUCUCCCAGUCUGCACCAGGCGCCCCACCCCCCACCCCCCAGGAGACAGGCCCUGCCCUUCCCGCUGCCUCCUUGGUCUCAGAGGUCCUGAGACAGGGUGCUCAUGGGAAGAAGGGAGCUUUGGGGGAGCCCUCUGGGCCCUGGGCCUAUGCAGGGAGGCCUUGUCCCACCCACCUCUUGUUUCUGGGUUCCUGCUCCCCUCUGAGUGUGUGUGUGUGUGUGUGUGUGCGCGCGCGCGUAUGUGUGUUUUAAUCUUCUUUAUGGAAAAGUGGACAAAAAAUAGAGAGGUAUUUAACUGCAAUAAACUGGCCCCCUGUGGCCCCCGCCUUGUC